UCUCAGUAAAGCUGCCUUGGGUGGAGGAGGCAUCCAUCCUUAAAGGAGUACCACACACACACACACACACACACACACACACACACACACACACAAAGAGAGCACUAUCGUUCUUUGAUAAGCGGCAGCAACUAUGAUGAUGCUGAGAGUGGAAGAGCUGGUGACAGGCAAAAAGGCCGACGGUAGAGAGACAGGAGAUUUCCUCCCAGAGGACUUCAAAAAUGGAGAGUAUGAAGCUGCUGUAAGGUUAGAGAAACAAGAGGACCUGAAGACCCUCACGGACCACUCAGUGGCACGACACAAUCUGACCUACAAAGAAGAGAAAGCGCUAGAAGCUGAGAUCAAGAAAAAGAAAUUAGAGGCAAGACCAAAACUUGAGAGCUUGGAAGAUCUUGAAAAAAUCAUUCAGCUGAAGAAAAGGAAAAAAUUCAAGAAGGUUAAAGUGCCCGUUGUAAAGGAGCCUGAGCAAGAAGUUAUAACUGAACCCGUGGAUGUUCCAACAUUUUUAAAGGCUGCCUUGGAGAACAAGAUGCCAAUAAUUGAAAAAUACCUGGCAGACAAAGGAGAUCCAAACGUUUGUGAUGAGUACAAGCGCACAGCCUUGCACAGAGCAUGCUCAGAAGGGCACCUGGCAGUUGUGGAGAAGUUAGUAGAAGCAGGAGCCCACCUUGAAUUCCAGGAUAUGCUUGAAUCCACAGCUAUUCAUUGGACCUGCCGUGGGGGCAAUGUGGAAAUCCUGAAGUACUUGCUGAACAAAGGAAUAAACAGGAAUGCUAGAGAUAAGUUGCUCAGCAGUCCUCUACACGUGGCUGUAAGGACAGGUCAGUACGAAUGUGGGGAGCACCUCAUCGCCUGUGAAGCAGAUCUCAAUGCCAAAGACAGGGAAGGAGAUAGUCCUAUGCACGACGCAGUGAGACUGAAUCGUUAUAAAAUGAUUCGACUCCUGAUCAUGUAUGGUGCCAACCUAAACAUGAAGAAUGCUGAGGGGAAAACUCCAAUGGAUCUUGUUCUGCAGUGGCAAAAUGGCACCAAAGAAAUAUUCAACAGCCUGAAGGAGAACUCUUACAAGAGCUCCCCUAUAGACACAUUCUGAAGACUCAAAAUGUCAAUGGACUGGACAGUUUCCUUGCAAAAAGCAAGAUAUCACCAAUGUGAAGAGCAGGAGCAUUAUAAAUGCCGCCACCUUCACAGAAUACAAGCAUUUUGUCCUGCUGCCUUUGCUAAAGCCACAAGGAACCAAAGAGGGUCCUGAAAUACUUCAAAGGCAGUUUCGAGUGUUGAGACGCCACUGAUAUCAAGCUGGUUUAUUUAUUUCUAUUCCAUCAUUUCUCCCAUAGUGUUUCUUUUCCGAUAUUUUCAAUAAGUCGUGUUGGUACUGCUGUUCUAUAGAAAAAGGCCAUCUUACUAAUGUGGUAAUCUGAACCAGUCAGGAGCAUUAAGCCCCUUUAAAAACCACACACAAGCCAACAGGCUUUCAGAGCCUAUUAGCAGUGUUUCCCAUUAAACCCUCUUUCGAUAGGCAGUAUUUGUUAUUGUCACCCAGUUUCUGCUGAAUUGCUAUUGUCAGAGCAAGCUGUUAAAAAAGCAAAGAUCAGAGGGUUGGAGAAUAGUAGUGAGAAAAAGGGGAAAGCAAAGUGGAAUAAAAAAAAGGAAGGGCUCUGCUCUUCCACGGAAGUUUUUAAUUCAGGCUACCUGAAGAGGCAGCCAACAUGGCACUGUCCUGGUGUUGUGGGAUUAAACCGCCCUACCAACCUCAUCGACUGGCCAUGUUGGCUGGGGCUAGUGGGAAUUGGGAGUCUAGGAACCUCCAGAGGCCGCCAUAUUGGCUACCUCUAAACUGCAGUGUUCAAGACAGGAAGUUGGGCGGACGAAGAGGACAGAAUCCAAAGAUGAAGAGGAAAAGUUGCCGUUACUGUCAAAGCUCAAUAUUGUAACAAAUGGUAGUGUAUAUUUGUAUGGCUCUUUAUGUACAUUUUGUAUUAAACCCUAUUUAAACGUUUUAAAAGAAGCAACAGAACCGCUCGCUUUAAUCUACCGGAAUGUAUUAUUUCUUUAUCUGAAAAUGUUACGAGGGAUAGAAGAUGCUGGAGUCAUGGGGGAAAGAAAGUGCA